AUGGUAAAACCUAUCACUCCUCAGGAAAUGGGGGUUACAGGGAAGAGUAUCCUCUCCAGCCUGAAAGGUUCUGGAAUCCUAACAGUCCUGCUGCUGCAAGGCCCCCAAAAAAGGGUGGGGGAGGAGUUCCCAGUGGGCCUCUUCUCCAAAGUCGGAGCUGCCGUUCUGUUUGCGAGACAUCUGCUGACCACGCCGAGGUCUGCGGCCCGGGAGCGUUGGAAGUGGCGGAACAUCUGCGUCUCCCUGGUGCACAGCCUGCUCGCGGGCGCCGGGGCGCUGCUCGGGCUGUUGCUCUACCCUCAGACGGCCGCGGACCCCAUUCAUGGCCACCCGCCCUGGGCCUUGGUGCUGGUGGCUGUAUCUGUGGGUUAUUUCCUGGCUGAUGGAGCUGACAUGCUGUGGAGCCAAACCUUGGGCCAGGCCUGGGAGCUUCUCUGUCACCAUUUGGUGGUAGUGAGCCGCCUCAGCACCGCCAUUCUGUCCAGCCACUAUGUGGGCUUCUCCGUGGUGUCUCUGCUCCUAGAGCUGAACUCUGCCUGCCUGCACCAGAAGCUGCUGCUGCUUUCUCGCCAGGCCCCAUCCUUGGCCUUUAGUGUGGCCAGCUGGGCCACCCUGGCCACCCUGGCCCUCUUCCGCCUGGUACCACUGGGGUGGAUGAGUCUGUGGUUGAUCCAGCAGCACCAUCAGGUGCCUCCUGCUCUGGUUGUCCUUGGUGGCACCGGGCUGGCCACUGUGGGAGCCACGAGCAUCACACUGGGUGUUCGCAUUUUGGUCAGUGAUGUCCUGCGGUCUCAGCCUCAUUCACCCAUCCCUGGGCACAAGGAAACCAAGGGCACUAGGACAUGUGAUGGUGAGCCUGUCACCAGGGAUGAUUCCCCUCUCAGCCUGAAAGACUAGAGAGGCCUUAGGUUCCUCUUCUGUCGGUCUUGGGGGAGGUAGGACCAGGACAAGGAGACAGUGGUCUUCAAUGCCCAUCCCCUCAUUGGGUUAAGGACUGGACUGGAUUUUCAGUAUCUCAGUCCCUCUUCCAGCUAAUUCAUACCCCUCCCCCAUUCUUAGGAUCUGAGAAGAAAUGCUAAUGUUCGUGGGUGGGUGGGAAUUUGGGCUAUUAUUCACUGAAUUUCAUCAUCAGAUAACCAUCCUUUCCAGGAAACUAAUUCAAGAGGUACAGCCAGUGCCAAAGAGUGGCAGGAUGCAUGAAACCGCCAAUGGGAACAGAAACCCUUUGCUUUAGCACAGGGACAUAUGAGGAAAGGUGAAGUCUUACUAGGAUCAGAGAGAUCUGGUAUGGAGGUGGUAAGGCCAGCGGGAAGAGAAACCUCACCUAUGACCAAAUUCUGGCAGUGGGAGGGGAACACAACAGGUGCUGCCUGUAGCCAGCAGUUGUGUAGACAUAGCAGCUGCCAAGAGGCCAAAGAACCUGGGCCAUAGGGAUUGCUGCUGAUAUUUCUGAUUCUCAAAACCCCACUCUUCUGUUUGUACUUAACCUUAACCCUACUGUGUCUAGCAUCUGCCUCUUCAUUAUUAUUAUUAGUAGUAGUAUUUCUUGACCUUUUCAAAUAUCUCUUGACCUUUUCAAAGAAAAUGCAUACUUUAGAGGGAUGAACAUGGAGUUGGGUCUCUCAGGACAGUGCUGAAGUCCAGAAUCAUAGUAGGGACUCAAACAGCCACUCUGGGGGCACAGUGUAGGGUCUUCGUAGGCCUAGGGUUUCAUGGAAGGAAUGAGGCAGAGGCAGAAGAAGCUGAUGAAAGGCUUCUUUUUGGCUGCAGAGGGAUUAAGGAAUGUCUGCCUCUUCUGGAAGUCAUUCCCGAGCUCUCCUUUCUCCCCCACCACUUCUGCUGCAUUUUUUUCUUUUUUAUUUAUUUAUUGAUUUUUGAGAGAGAG